UGCAGCCGAGCAAAAGAUGUAACAAUGCCAGCGAAGCUUCCAGUGAAUUUUUUCUCCUCAAGAUCCCCAGUCAUUGAUCUUUUUCGGGGACAGUUAGACUAUGCAGAUCACCUUCGUCAGGAUUCAGAAAUUGUGCUGUAUUUCUUCUAUGCGCCAUGGUGUGGCCAGUCCAUUGCAGCAAGAGAAGAAGUAGAACGUGUGGCCAGCAGAUUGUCAGACCAGGUGCUGUUUGUGGCUGUAAAUUGCUGGUGGAACCAGGGGAAAUGCAGGAAGCAGAAGCAUUUCUUUUAUUUUCCUGUGAUACACUUAUACCAUCGGAGUUUUGGACCAAUUGAAUACAAAGGCCCUAUGAGUGCUGUUUAUAUUGAAAAGUUUGUUCGCCGGGUGAUGACACCACUACUCUACAUCUCGUCUCGAUCAAAAUUACUAGAUUUCCUCUCAAAUUAUGAGCCUGGAGUUCUAGGAUAUUUUGAGUUCAAUGCUUCACCUCAACCGCCUGGUUAUUUAACAUUCUUCACGUCAGCAUUACAUUCAUUAAAGAAAGAUUACCUUGGAACAAUACGCUUUGGAGUGAUCACGGAUAAACGUGUUGCAGAGGAGAUCUCAUUGGUGCAUUCAGGCAGCGUGUAUUUGCACAGACAUGUCAACACAUCUCUUAUCUAUCCAAAUGACAUCAUGAACUAUACAGCUGAGAACAUUUGCAAGUGGGCUCUAGAAAAUCGAGAGGUGCUCAUACGCUGGCUGAGACCACAUGGUGGAAAAAGCCUUCUUCUAAACAAUGAGCUGAAGAAAGGACCAGCGCUUCUCAUAUUUAUACCUUACAAUCCCUUAGCAGAAAUUCAUCCUCUUUUAGAUGAAAUUACCAAAGUGGCCUUGGAAUACCACAGCUGUAAUAAAAGCCAGGCAGCUGAGCCAGAUCUGCAGCACUUAGGAGACACUGAUUCACCAGCUUUUGAUUCCUCUGUACCAGAUGCACACAUGAAAUUAUCAGAAACAUUUUCAAUAACCAAGUACCCAUGCUGUAACACAGUGGUGCUUCCACAGUGGCAUUCAAUAUCUAGAACUCACAAUGUCUGUGAGCUUUGCAUUAACCAGACCCUUGGUGUUAAACCAAAUAAAGUCCAUGUGCCACACUGUAACUUUUUAGAGAUAGAAGCAGCUUUGGACUCUUUCUACCUCCAGGAACGUACCUUUUUUCAAGUUAUAUCAAAUACCAUAGAAUGCAGCAAUUUCUUAAGUUUCUAUAGUCCUUUUAGCUAUUACACUGCAUGUUGCAGGACAGUAAACAGGCAUUUUUUAAGUUUCAUUAGUUCUGAGAAGACCAUCUUUCAGACUCCCAAAGUAGCAUUUUCUUCCCAUGGGAAGAAAGAUAACACCCAACAUUCUAUUCCUCACAUUGAGGAUAGGAAUUGUUUUAUUCCUGACCUUCAUAUCAGUGGCACUAACAUUACUGGUCUGAGCUGCAGGACCAACAAAACCUUGAAUCUUUAUCUACUGGAUUCAAAUCUUUUUUGGAUAUAUGCAGAGAGACUAGGAGCAUCAAGAUCUACUCAUCUUAAGGAAUUUGCCGCCAUUGUUGACCUGAAAGAGGAAGUGCACUAUGUCCUGGAUCAAAAUCAAUCACUUGUUGGAUCUACCCUGGAGAACUUCAUAAAAAAUUUCAGUAUUCUCUACAGUCCCUUGAAAAGGCAUCUUGUUGAUGACCCUUCAGUCCAUUUUCAUGAACAGCGUGUAAUCACUGAAGUGACUACUAAUACCUUUAAUGAUAUCGUGUUUUUGAGUGAAAAGAAUGUCUUGCUGCUCUAUUAUGCGCAGUGGUGUGGAUUCUGUGCUUCUCUUAAUCACAUCUUUAUUCAACUUGCUCGGCUUUUGCCUCCGGAUAAUUUCACUGUGGCAAGGUAAAAAAGAUGCUAAUUUCAUCUCUCUAGAAUAAUGUAAGUUCAUUGAGGUUAUCAGCCU